AUGGGACUGGCCGAGGUCAUGCACACAAUGGCCAACUACUUCCGUUGUUACAUACCCUACGUUGACAAUCACAAACAUGCCGUCGCUGCAUUACAAAAAAUAUACCAGGAACAGCCAAAGGUUAGGAAGGAGAUUGAAAGGUUGUCGGCAUGUCCAGAGGUGCAGGGAAUCAACUUGGAAGGCUAUAUGGUGUUGCCAGUUGCACGAAUCAAUAGAUAUCAUUUGUUGAUGACUGAUCUGUUGAGAGCCCAACUCAAUCCACGUGAGCACGAGAUGGUUACCAAGUCAAUCGGCAUGCUGGAUACACUAUGUACUCGAUUUAACUUUGACAGUUUCUGUUUGUAA